UCUUAUGACAACCACAUGUUUGCAUUGCAUAACAUGCCUGACUGCCCUCUCAAGAAGGAACUAGCUGUUUAUUCACAAUCCUGUGACAAACCUUGAUCCUAGAACUGCAAUACCAUGGCGGUCUCGUGGCUUUGUUCGCUGACUUCGUUGUUGAUGAUGUUCCUUCUGGUUCAACUUAGCAAUGCCGAAGACCCUGAAGUUAAGAUGAACGUGUCCCAAAUCAUCAGGUACUGGGGAUACCCUUGCGAAGAGCACAGUGUUGUCACCUCCGAUGGUUAUAUACUGGGCGUGCAGCGAAUUCCUCAUGGUAGAAACCGCAGGCACAGCAACGCGGCGACGAAACGUGUAGUAUAUCUACAACACGGUCUCAUCGGCUCAGCCGUACAUUUUGUUCUAAAUCCACCCAACAGCAGCCUCGGUUUCAUCUUGGCAGACGCAGGAUAUGAUGUAUGGCUUGGUAACUCCCGAGGGAAUAUCUACUCGACCAGACACAAAACUCUGUCACCAGAUUCCGAUGCUUUUUGGGACUUCAGCUGGGACGAUUUUGCGAAAUCAGACCUUCCUGCCACGAUAGAAUACAUUUUGAACUACACAACAUCAUCCAGUUUAUCAUAUAUCGGUCAUUCUCAAGGAACAACGAUUGGCUUUGCGGAAUACUCAAGAAACCAGACUUGGGUGUCGAAAGUGGAUAUUUUUAUCGCCCUUGCUCCGGUCGCCUACGUUGGAAACAUGGUAUCGCCGCUGAGAUACCUUGCUGAUUUUACUGGAGAAAUUGAGUUUUUAUUUAAGAUUUUGGGAGUGAGAGACUUCAAUUUGCCGCCCAAAAUUCAAGAAUGGCUCGCCGAGAUUGCAUGCGAACCUAAACUUGGCGAAGAGUUGUGUUCCAAUAUUGUCUUCUUACUUUGCGGCUUUGAUAAGGCACAACUGAACGAGACCCGAAUGCCUGUGUAUACUGCUCAUAUUCCGCAGGGUACCUCUGUGAAAGACAUUGUACAUUGGGCUCAGGGCGUUAAUUCAAAGAGGUUUUGUAUGUACGAUUAUGGAACUGAAGGAAACCAAAAACAUUACGGCCAGAACACUCCGCCAUCAUACAAUUUACCAUCCAUCCAAAUUCCAACCGCACUAUUCUACGGAGGAAAUGAUUGGUUGGCCGAUGUCAAGGAUGUUAACAUGAUCAUUGAACAGCACAAACAUAUUGUUUACAAGCAAUUCAUUGAGGUUUGGGAUCAUCUUGAUUUCAUCGUCGGAAAAGAUGCACCGAAACUGGUGUAUGAAAACAUCUUGCAACUGUUGGCGAAAUACAGCAGAGGAAACGGAAAUCGCGCGAGAAAGCGAAUUUAUGUUUGAUGUGUACGUAUCAAACCAUACUUCUGCCCGAUUCCCUGGAUAUCAGAACUUUGGUUCACCGUGAAAAACCCACCAACGUGGCUAUAAAUUAUAAAUAGAAACAUUGAUUUAAUUUGCACGUUCGUAUAUAUAUACUCGCAUUGAGUAUGUUGGUGAUACUG